UUUGAUCUCUGACUGCACAGACUUGGGUCUGCUGAGCUGGGGUGACCGUGGUGCUGCCAUUGCUCCUGCUGGGCCUGGGACAGUCCUUGUUUUCCUUCAGCUCAUUUUUACAGGGAACAAAUGUGUCUUUCAAGCAAGAGCCUGACAGUUCCUGUAUAAACAUCCAGGCUGAGAUAAAUCCAGCGUCUCGUGGUGUCACCUCACCCUGGUGCCUCCUGCAGCACUUUGUUUUUGUCUCCUGCCAUUCCCUCCUGCGUUCUUCAUGUUCAGAGAGCUGUGUUUGAUAAAUUCAUGGGACAGACACUGAAAUAGGUUUAUUUACCAAUGGUAUUGGCUCCUGGUGUGGAUUUUUGCUCUUGUCUCUCCUGUUGGGAGGUUGUUUGGAUGUCUCUGCAGCAGUGAGUGGCCAUGGAUAUGAGUGACUUUUUUCUGUGUUCAGUGAGCAGCACAAAGUGCAGCACAACUGCAUCCCUGCAUCCCCCAUGUCCCCCCCUCACCUCCCCAGAGCCUUUCCACUGUUUCCUGUUCACUGUGGAAGUCACCCAUAAAGCCCAGUGCCAGAAGCAUGGAAAUGUGCCACAUGCCCAAAAUACCCUUGGAGAAAGACCAAGGAGGUCCCAGCUGCAGUAAAACAAGUUUAGCACCAGGUUAUGGUAACACACCUCCAUGUCUCCUGUGUGAUCUGAAUUGCACAGAUCCAUGAGCAAUACAUGACCUGUACAAACUGAAUCAAAAUCACCUUUAAAUGAGACCUGAGGUCUCAGUGGACGAGGUGAAGGUGGCUGCCCAGUGUGGCCACGUUGACUGGCUUUGAUGUGCCAUCCCCUCCAUGCUGUUCCAUUUUCCCUCACUUUGAGGUGAACCUUCAUCCCAAGCAUCCCUAAAUGAAUGUGUAGUGGGGCUGCAUGGACAUGGUCAGUUGGCAUCUGGGAGGUUUGAGGCUUCAUGGGACAUAAGGAAUGGCUGAAGAAGUCAAUGUCUGAAGGACAAAGCACACUCUCAGUGCUCUGUCUGGGAUAACCCCUGAGGAUAAAGCCUCUCCAACAGGGUGUCCUGCUCUUUUGCAGAUGUCGGGGAGCCAGCCACAGAUGGGGAGAGCUGUGCCUUGCCUGCGCUGCCGAGGGACCUGCAUGGGCUUCGAGCCACACUCCUGGAGGAAGAUCUGCAAGUCGUGCAAGUGCAGCCAGGAGGAGCACGGCCUGAGCUCGGAGCUGGACGAUGACCGCAAGGUCGGGCGCCUGCUGGCCGACUCCAGGUACUCCUCGCUGACCGCGCGGCUCAAGGGCGGCGACGGCGUCCGCGUCUACAAGAGGAACCGCAUGAUCGUCACCAACCCCAACAUCUCGGGCAAGGACCCCACCUUCGACACCAUCACCUACGAGUGGGCUCCCCCGGGGCUCGCCCAGAAGCUGGCCAUGCAGUACAUGGAGCUGAUCCCGAGGGAGCUGCAGCCGGUGGCGGGCACGGACGGGGCGCUGCAGCGGCGGCGGCGGCGCAGGCAGCUCCCGCUGUACGACCAGGACCCGGCGCAGUGCCGCGGCCUCGCCGAGGGCGAGCACCGCCUGAUGGAGGAGUUCGUGAAGAAGUAAAGGCGAGGCGCUGGGUGUGGGGAGGUGGCACUGCCGGCCAGGCCGGCAGCCGGGAAAGACGAAAGGAAGCCCCAGGAUAAGAACAUCGACUCCAGCAAAACCCCCGAGUCCACCAACGCCCUGGAGAGCGUGGCCGGGCACUACCGCUGUGAGACCUGCAAGCAGGCGGUGCCCGGGGACUGCCCCGUGGUCUACGCGGACCGGGCCGGCUACUCCCGCCAGUGGCACCCGGCCUGCUUCGUGUGCUGCCGCUGCUCCGAGCCCCUCGUCGACCUCAUCUACUUCUGGAAGGGCGGGGCCGCCUGGUGCGGGCGCCACUACUGCGAGAGCCUGCGGCCCCGCUGCGCCGGCUGCGACGAGAUCAUCUUCUCGGAGGACUACCAGCAGGCAGAGGGGCUGGCCUGGCACAAGAAGCACUUUGCCUGCCUGGAGUGCGAGACGCCGCUGGUGGGCAAACCCUUCGCCCUGGCCAACACCAGCCUCCUGUGCACCAUCUGCAGCCAGAGCAAGCGCCUCUGAGGGGGGCAGCCGGGGCCCCACGGGCCCCCCAAGGUCCCACCAGGACUGGGGGCAUUGGGCAAGUACAGGAGAAGGAGAAGGUUAAAGAAAUUAGAGCCUGAGUAUUCACUUGCAUCCAGCACAGCCCGGGGCGGGUAUUUUCUUGGGGUCCUCUUGGAUCUGAAGGGAACCCUUAUGCCCAUGGGUGGGAGGUGCAUGGCAUACCUGGCAAGGAGGAACUGGAAAGGAGGGGCUGUGCUGUGCUGGUUUUUAUCGUCUGUCCAAGCUUCUUAUGACUAAGAUCUUGCAAUAGUAUUUUGGAAAUAACACAUCUCAACAGUAACUUCUGGCAUACUAAACCUACGGUCAUGGUCAAAACCAAGGGGUGUUUGUGGUUUUUGAAAUCCUUACUGGAAUUAGGCUGACAGGCUGCUGUGGCUGUGCUAGGGCAGUGGGUUUGAGGAACUUGAUCAACCUUCUAAAAGCAAAUGGUGUAAAAUUGCAGCCACACGCAGCCGUAGCUUUGUCCUCUGCACGUGCAAUGGUGUAAAACCAAGGAGUGGGCACACAGGGGGAUGGGCUCAGCCCUGUGAGAGGGGCAGGGCACAGCUCUACCUGGGCAGCAACUGGCUCAGCCCUGGAGCUGCAGCCAUGGAACUGGAACACAAAGAAUUUUGUGGAAAACCGCUUUCCAGCGUAAGGUGUCUUGGGGGGCAGGGAGGGUGUGUCCCUGAGAUGCUACAAUGCUACUUUACCCUGCAAUACAUCAGUGACCCCUCCAAGUACCAGGGAGCUGUACCUUCCCCUCUGAGCGAGCAGCACCUCACCC